AUGAAAACUGUUCACUACAAAGAAAUCACCCAUCAACAAUACCUCCAACUGCAACCUGAUCAACAGGAAAAAUAUCUGACUUUAUGUCAAAAAGAUUUUGAGAGAGAGACUGAAAGAAUCGCAUUUGAACGCCAAGGGGGAGUACCUGGAAUUGCCAAAAAAGUGGCGCAAAACGAAGUCGCUUGGUUUGAUCGUAUUACUACCUGGUCGUAUAUGAAUGCGUAUAUUCCCAAAUAUAGCAGAAAGAGAAAUCUUUUUAAGAUUGAUAUGACAAAAAUUCCAAAUGUUGGAGAAUACUGA